AUGAAACUUCGAUAUGCUGGCCCCUUGCCAGAUGAAGAAGAAGAAACAAGGCGACAGAUUGCUGAACAUGAAUCCUUCAUGGCUGAACUGGCGCAAAAGGAGAAGGAGAAAGAUGACACCAUUGCGCUGGCUGAAGAUAUCCUUGCUAAGGCUCAUCCUGAUGGUGUAGCUACUAUCAAGCACUGGAUUACAAUUAUUCAGUCGAGAUGGGAAGAAGUCAUGGCUUGGGCUAGGCAGAGAGAAACCAGAUUGUCUGAUCAUCUCCGAAGCCUCAGUGAUCUUGCUGGACUUCUUGAUGAAUUGAUGCGUUGGUUGAUCCAGGCUGAGAACAAUUUGACAACCUUGGAAGCUGAACCACUGCCAGAUGACAUCCCAGCCAUUGAAGGCCUGAUCACUGACCACAAGGAAUUCAUGGAUGAGAUGCAGAAGAAGGAACCUGAUGUUCUAAGUAUCUGCAAGCCAACCAAACCGAGACCUUCACUCUCCAACCAGGGCAAGAAGCGCUCUAGAGCAUCCCUUGGUCGUGAGAGUGUGAGCCCAGGAAGAGAAUCCUCGCCAGAAUAUGAUUAUCCAUCUCGUCGUUCAAGCCGUAUCAGCCCCGAUCGCGAAUCGUCACCAGGACCCAAAUCGCGAAAGUCCAGAACAACACCACCCCGAGAGUUAUCACCCGGAGCUGACCGAGAAAGAGAAUGGCCUCUUUCACACUUGCGCUUUGCCACGUCCACACCAACGCCUGCUGGUGCUACUACUGGUACUGCAGGAGGAAGGAAGAGCAGCAAGGCCAGUGUGAGAGAUGAACCUCAGAUCAAGAAUCCUCAUGCUAGAGCAUUGUGGGAGAAGUGGCAGCAUGUUGGCUUCAUGGCAUGGGAGCGCAUGCGACGUCUCUAUGACAAACUCAACUAUCUUCAGGAGCUUGAGAAACUUAAGAACUUCUCCUGGGAAGAAUGGAGAAAGAGGUUUAUGAAGUUCAUGAACCACAAGAAAUCUCGUGUGACUGAUCUGUUCCGCAAGAUGGACUCUGAUAAUGAUGGAGCUGUGCCAAGAGAAGACUUCAUUGAUGGAAUCCUUAAGACCAAGUUCCCCACAAGCCGUUUGGAGAUGGGAACUGUUGCCGAUAUAUUUGACCGCAACCAGGAUGGCUACAUUGACUACCAAGAGUUCAUUGCGGCGUUACGACCUGACUGGGAGCGCAAGGGACCCUUGACUGAUGCAGAAAGGAUUGAUGAUGAAGUGCAGAAACAGGUUUCCAAAUGCACCUGCCGACAGAAGUUCCGUGUGCACCAAGUAGGAGAAGGCAAAUAUAGGUUUGGAGACAGUCAAAAGCUACGUCUGGUUCGUAUCCUGCGGUCAACUGUCAUGGUUCGUGUGGGCGGUGGAUGGGUGGCACUUGAUGAAUUCCUUGUGAAGAAUGACCCAUGCAGAGUAUGUCCAUCUAUACCUGAGUUAGAGCAGGUUGGAGAUUUGGAACUACAUGAGCAUGGGUGCCCUAUGAGAGGAAAGACUUCACCAGCUGGGUCCUGCCGUAGCUCCUCCAAGGGUCGCACCAACGUGGAGUUACGCGAGCAGUUCAUCCUAGCGGAGGGCGUAUCCCAGAGCAUGACACCGUUCAAGUCCAAGCCUAGCCCCAACAGUUCUGUGUCAAGCCAGUCAGGCACUCCUGCCCAGCAGCGAUCCCAGUCCCUGCCUAACGCUGGGCCCAUUAUCAAGGUCCGAGAAAGAACAGCCAAGAGCUCAGCUAUGGGCCGUGCGUCCUUCAGUGCUGGAACUCCAGAUUCCUCAUUUAGCGAAGAAGGAGGCACUUCCUCAUUCCAUCUCCAUGGCGGCAAGCGCAAGGCUUCUGCCCCAGUCACAUCCCGCUCAUCUUAUAAUACCUCAGCUGACAGUCAACCAGGAAGCCGAGGAGGCAGCCGCCCUGCUUCUCGAGGACCUGGCUCUCGUCCUGGUUCUCGGCCUGGGUCUCGGCCACCAAGUCGUGCAGGCUCAGAGGUGUCCCUAGACUCCUAUGAUGGCGGCCGGACCCCCAUGAGACGCACACCCUCAUUUACAGGGCGAACACGCACACCAUCUAGUCAGUCCUCUGGGGUUCAGCGGUCAUCUUCCCUUAGAAAGGCCUCAGCCCCUGUCAAGUCCUCUACAGGCACUGUCAAUGGAACUGGGACACGUGCCAUCUCUGUCUCAUCUAGGUUAUAUUCACCGACUCUGUCCAGUCGAUUGAAAGAGGCAGGAAUUAGGACCAAAAUCCCGGUUCUUGUGGGUGCUGCCUCUGAUUGGGAACGGACUAACCUAUCUGGCUCCACAUCUAACCUGAAUGUUGCGGGAACACCCUUAAGGUCCCGAACUUCAUCAACUACUAGUCUUAACUCCAAUCAUUCCACAAGCAAAAUUCCAACACUGAGACACAAAGUGUCCACCACACAAAGCACCACUCCCAAGACCUCCACUACUACAAGGACUCGGAAUCCUUCAGGUUCCAGCAGCACAGGUGGAACUACUAGGAUUGCCCGCAAAUCCUCUGCUGCUUCAGACACGCCUACCGGGAUAGCAAGGAAAACGGGCAUCGCAGAGCCAAGACGCAAGUUGUAGGAAAUUAAAUGGCAAAAUUAUAUAAUGUUGUGCUAGGGCCCAAUGAAAGUUGUAAAGAAAAUUUACAUGGUACCCUGUACAGUUUAUAUUAAAACACAUAGAUGUAUGACAGUUACAAGUGAUAAAAUUGUAAAUGUGUUACAUGUUGCCACAUUUUUUGUGGCACAUUAUGAUAUAUAAUUGAUCAUAUUUUCUUUUGGAAAAAGCUUUAAAUAGACAACAUUGUAAUGAUUAGAGAUCUCUGAAAUUAUUUGAUUGGCAUUUUUCUAAUUGAAAUAUUUGACUUCUGGUUGGAUUUAGAUCCAUAUAAUUUCUAUGGAAUAUUCAUCUUUUGAAUUUGCUAGCAAAUGUGAUAUCAUGACAGGGCAAAUCCUGUUGCCUGAUAAUAGGACUGGAUUUGGUUAAUGUUAAUAUAUGGUAGAAAUCUCGGUAUCAAGUUCUAUUUUAUAUUAAUAAUGCCUGAUCUAGCCCUACAAAGUGAUAUGUUUAGGGUAGUGCAAGCCCAUUUUGAGAGUUCUCAGCCAUUCCACUCAACAUAUCGUGCUUGCUUUUGAAAAGGUUGUUUAUUGUGUAAAGUCUCCAAGACAUUGUUGCUUGAUUUUAUUUUAUUUUUGUUUAUUUUCACCUUUGUGGCAUACAAUUCAGAAUUUUCAACUUCAAAUAUUUUCUUGGUGACAAUGCAAGUCAAUAAUUGUCUUCAUCAAUUCUUAUGUCAUACUAUGUUACAUUCUAUUAGAAUUUUUUUUCUUUCUUUCUUUUUUUAUGCUCCGCCCACUUGAACCAGUGUUUAAGAAGACCUCAGUUACAAGUGUAUUGUCUCAUUUCCCUGAUUCAUAGUCUAAGGCUGUUCUCAUGUACUCACCAUUAACGCUUCAUACCUAACUUGCCUAUGUGCGUAUCAAGCAAGCCUAUGUGGGGUAUUACAGGUUGCCAAAAUGCCACGUCUUGCAAGGAAUAUAUGUUGAUUUGCAACUUGGAGUUCAGCAGGAGUUUAAUGGUGCUUUAUAGUCAUAUAGAAUUUAUACUAAGCAAUAUUGGUACUUGAAAUUAUGUUAAAAUGCGCCUCAAUGGUUUAUUGUCUGUGCUACUAAUAAAGUGCAAAUGUGAUGAGAACAGUAAUUUUGAGUCUCGGAUAGUAUAUCAUUUUAUUGUGAUUCCUAAUUGUUAAUAGGAAAAGAUUCUUGUAGCACUAUCUAAGUUACACGACAGCUGAUCUCAUGACAAAAUGUUGGAAAAAAAAAAAAUCGUUCCUGGAACAGCAAAGCGAAGAUGGAACGGACUCAGAAAGCUAUGUCAAACUUACAUGACAUUAGGUGUGGCUCUGGGAAAAAAAAUAUUGACCGUAAGUAGAGGAUGCAAAUGCUGCAGGCUGGUUCCGGGUUAUAAUGGAGGCAAAAUACCAUCUCAUGCCUCUAUUUGGUCUUGUAACAUUUGCAUCAUUUACUUAGUGGUCUUGGUGUCAUUUUUUUUUCUUCCUCUUCUGUUACCUAACUCUUUAACAGAUUUUUAAUUAGGCUAAAUUUCCAAAUGUUGUCUUUUGUGUUUUUGUUGUAUUGUUUGUAUAAACCUUAGCUUUCAUGCUUUGUUAUAAGUUGUAAAUAAUAUAAUAAUAUAGUAAGCCCAUUGAAAGAUUGAAUUAUGGGGCACAAAAUAAAUUUCACAGUGAGUAACAAAAAUAUGGUAAGAUGUACUAAAGUCCUUUUGGUUGAAUAUACUGUACUUGACCAAUCAUCAUAGAAUAUUUUUUGUAUUUAAAUUGCUUAUGAUUAUACUAAUGCUUCGAUAAUAAAUGAGUAACGAGAUA